AUGUCGAAUCUCAUGCACAAGGUCAAAGAUGCCUUGACUGGCCAUCACGGCAAUUCCAAUUCCCGCAAAGGUCAGGGUAACAAGCCCAGUACCGACAACUAUAAUUCGGGCGGCGCGGAGCGAUAUGGGCCUGGCGAUGGUUCCUAUAGCUCUCAGCCCAGCUCUGAUAACUACAGUGCUGGCGACUAUGAGCGCAGGACGGACACAUAUGGUUCGGGCACUGGUGGUGAAUAUGGUGGCAGCUACGGAUCUCAGACCAGUAGCUACGAUUAUGGCAAUACUGGUGGCUAUGGAUCUGGCUCUGCGGAUUAUAGACAUGAAACGGAGAGAUACGGUGGCUCAGGGACUGGAUAUGAAUCGCGGGCUAUGGACAGUGGAGCGAUGCAGGACUUCGGCGGUGGUGCAGGAGACAGCAGCUACAACACCUACGGCCAGGACACUGGAUCUCAUGAGUACAGUCCUACCAACAGGUUGGACUCUGGCAAAAUGGGUUACCAUUCGAUGGGCCCGGACAACGUGCGCUCUGGUGGUCCGCAGCGGAACCAAUGGUAG